AAGGGGCCAAGGGAUGAACUGGGGCCCUCCUUCCCAAUGGCAUCUCCCCCUGGUCUGGAACUGAAGACAUUGAGCAAUGGUCCCCAGACCCCAAGGACACUAGCUCCCCUGGGCCCAGUAGCCCUACCCAGAGAGGGUGUGGAGAAUGCCUGCUUCUCUUCGGAGGAGAAUGAGACUCAUUUCCAGAACCCUGGGAACACCAGAUUGGGCAGCUCCCCCAGUCCCCCAGGAGGCAUCCCCUCACUGCCCCGAUCCCAGAGGGACGAUGUGUCUCUACAUUCAGAGGAGGGGCCAGGCCUGGAGCCCGUGAGCCGCCCUGUGGAUUAUGGCUUCGUUUCUGCCCUGGUUUUCCUGGUGAGUGGGAUUCUUCUAGUGGUGACAGCAUAUGCCAUCCCGCGGGAGGCCCGCGUCAACCCUGACACAGUGACAGCUCGGGAGAUGGAACGACUGGAGAUGUACUACGCCCGCCUGGGCUCCCACCUAGACAAGUGCAUCAUCGCGGGCCUGGGGCUGCUCACGGUGGGCGGCAUGCUCCUGUCGGUGCUGCUGAUGGUCUCUCUGUGCAAGGGCGAGCUCUACCGCCGGCGGACCUUCAUCCCUGGCAGGGGCUCCAGGAAGACCUAUGGCUCCAUCAACCUGCGCAUGAGACAGCUCAAUGGGGAUGGGGCCCAGGCCCUGGUGGAGAACGAAGUUGUCCAGGUCUCAGAAACUAGCCACGCCCUCCAGGGCUCUUAA